UUGCACGAGUCGUUAAAACACGUGUGUGCUUAGCAAGCGCAAAAGAUAUAAGAAGGAUAUUUUCUGAAUGCAUAACAGACAAAGCGGGCGCUGACACGAAGGACAGUGGAAACGUCAGUAAUGAAGGAAAUUCGCCAGGGCUGCAUUUUGGUAAUGUGGUUGCCACCACAAAUCUGUUAAAUCUGUAAUGUUUAGAUUCUUCUGAACAUGUUGAAACCAUACUGGUUGUCAAAGUGCUCUGGUCGUAAUGGAGUUUCGUUGAAAAAAGCGCUGUACGCAACUAUAUGAAAACUUAGCAACAACACAUCAUUUAGAGAUGUCAGGAACAGAUUCGAUAUGGCAAUGGGAACCAGCUAUAAACUAUUUAUUAGAACCCUAAAAACAAUUUGUUGCUUAAAAAAAGAUAUCAUAAAAUUCCCAAAUACUGUUGCAGAACAAAAACAAACAUGUGACGAAUUUUCAGCUAAACGCAGCCAUCCGUUCCCAUAUGUCAUAGGUUGCAUAGAUGGUACGCAUAUUUCCAUCUCACAACCAGUUAAGGACAGUAUUAGUUUUUAUAAUAGGAAGUGGAAGUUUUCAAUUGUUGUCCAAGCAAUUGUGGAUAGUCAUCUUAAGUUCAUAGAUGUAUUUAUUGGCUGCCCCGGACGAUGCCACGAUGCUGCUAUAUGGGAAAUGAGUCCUAUUAGAAAGUCAAUAGUCAAGGGAGAAUUAAAAAAUUGUUCCGGUUACCAUUUAUUAGGCGAAGAAGAACAAAUUGAACCAUUUAAUAUCGAAAAUAGCUUUUCACAAUUACCAACUACAAGUCGACAGAGAGAACAAGCCAAAAAUAAACGGGACGCCAUUGCCACUUUACUAUGUGCAUAAGUAAUGAAAUAUUAACUGUUUUUUAAGUAAUAAAACAUGAAUUUGAUAUAAAACUAGUAAUCCCGGCUCGUUUACCUGCUACAAAGACGCCUCAAUCCCCUCCCUCCCUGCAGCACCUUUUGCUAUCCGUUUCCCUUGCCCAAUUCCACUGCCACUCCCAC